UAAAGGGAGAACAAACAGAAACUACAUACUGUAGGUCAUUAGCCCUCCCGGCUUAUUCAUACCCGUGUCAUAAACAUGCCAAGGUCCACUCUAAGAUUGACCUGUGUCAACCGAUAAAUAUACGUGUACUCCACUAAGUAAUCCCGUCCUGUUGCCCGUAGUUCAUAGCCAAGUUCACGCUAUCCCCAUUCCGGUCGCGCUUCGCAACAUCACAUCGUCAUCAAUCCAUUUAUCUAUCAAACAUCUGCUUCUUCGCCCUCUAGGCUCGAGUCAAUCAACAAGCUCUAGUUAGGUAAAUAUGGCCGACUGCGGACUCCCAUUUCCCGUCGUCUGCAUCCAAUGCGGUCGAGGCGUUGGCCUUUGCGGCAUCAAGAUCAUCGGCCCAACUAUUGGCUUCUGCGUCGCUGUGCUAGCCGCAAUUAUCUGCUGGCCUAUCGCACUUCUGUUCUGCUGCUUCACAGAGACGGGAAAGAAGUGGUUUUGGAAACCGUGCGACAUUAAUGCGAAAGUAUCAGACAUGUUUCCUAUCUGACCAGCAAGGGAAAGCCAUAAGCCUCAGAGUUAUAAUACUUGUGUUUCCUUAGGCCACGGCAGAAGGGGUUUGUUAGUUCGAGGGCAAGGCAAUGAGUCGGAUCGCUAGCAAGCACCCAGUGAUAAGAUCAAACUUCUUAAUGAUAAUGCGGCUUCUUACGUCAAGAUAGAUAACCUUAGAGGUAUUAAACUAAUUCAAAGUCAGUCAAAAGCCACUAUUGUGCGAGAUAACUACAUCAUACUGGAGUCUACACGUGGAGAUAUGCUUCGUUUUUGGUUUACAACUUUAGCAGAACUUGUCCUACAGCGGCAGUCAGAUGUAGUCCCAAAGACAGCAUUCAUAACUACAAGCUAUCAGAGCCACAUAAAUUGACAGCUCCACGUGUUGC